AUGUUGAUAACACAACAAAUUGCCAAAGACUGUGACAGGAAACUGGAUCAGAUAUUGAUGGCCAAGGAGAAGUUGUUGGUGGUGGAGGAUUCAGUUUCCAAGAGCACGUUUAGUGACUACCAAGGUGAAAAGGACAGUCUAUUUGUAAACACCAAAGAUUGGGAAGGUGAUGGAGUGGUUCCAAAACGACAUGGAUUCAUCGAGCCAAUUGGAUAUGUCACCCGAUUGACAUCGCGUGAAGGUGUCAUCGGUGAGAAAUGGGAAGCCGCUGACGACAUCGCCCUCAAUGACAGGUUGGACUCGCUUCCACCGGCCGAUCUACGUGGUGCUCGAAAGGAUCCAGGUGUUUUCCAUUGGGCUGCUGGUGAGAACAUCUACAACCUCACCACUGAGGAGGAUCGUAUGUGCUCGAUGGCCUACAAACUGGAGGAGAAUGAGCUCAUAGCUCAGAUGGUGCCAUUCAUGGUUGAGCCCGAGGUUGGAGGUUGCUUCCCAUAUGUUUGCUAG